AACAGGCUGGUACAGCCUGAAGCUCAGCAGAGCCCUCAGUCAGAGUUUGGCCAACAUGAUGGAGUUUGGGCCUCCUUUGGUGACUUGGGAGCGCAGGCUGCAGACUCUUGUUCUCCUACUGUGGAUGCUCUACCUUUUGCUUAUGGGCCUGAUCUUCCUCGGGGUCUUUGUAGGCCUCCUGUUCACUAGGUUCUGGCUCUUGACUGUACUGUACGCCUUCUGGUGGUCCCUGGACCGAGACAAGCCACGGCAGGGGGGCAGGCGUGUAGAGUUCUUCAGGCGCUGGGUCAUAUGGAAGUACAUGAAGGACUAUUUCCCGGUCUCGCUGGUCAAGACUGCUGAACUGGACCCCUCCCAGAACUACAUUGCGGGCUACCACCCCCACGGGGUCUUGGGGAUUGGAUCCUUCCUCAACCUGUGUACUGAGAGCACAGGCUUCUCCUCACUCUUCCCUGGCAUCUGCCCACAUCUGAUGAUGCUGAACUUGUGGUUCUAUCUCCCCUUCUUCCGAGAUUCCAUCAUGAACAUGGGGUUGGUCUCCUCAGACAAGGAGAGUGGCACUCACAUUCUGAACAAGAAGGGCAAUGGGAACCUGCUGGGCAUCAUCAUCGGGGGAGCUAGGGAGAUACUGGAGGCCAGUCCUGGAUCCUACAGGCUGCUACUUCGGAAACGCAAGGGCUUCAUCAGGCUUGCCCUGACCCAUGGGGCAUCCCUGGUGCCAAUCUUUUCCUUCGGGGAGAAUGACCUAUUUCACCAGGUUCAGAACUUUUCUGGCUCCUGGUUUCACCGUGUCCAGAAUUGGCUGCUGAAGAUCAUCGGCCUCCCCUUCCCACUUUUCUAUGGCCGUGGUAUCUUCCAGUCGAGCUGUGGUUUGAUGCCCUACCGUCAUCCUGUCACCACCAUAGUGGGGAAGCCCAUCAAGGUGCAGAAGACCCUGCAGCCUACAGAAGAGGAGGUGAACCGGUUACACCAGCACUACAUGGAGGAGCUGUGCAGCCUCUUUGAGGCCCAUAAACUCAAGUUCAACAUUCCUGCUGACCAACACUUGGAGUUCUGCUGAGUUCUUCCAGCCAGAGAAAUGGUUACACCAAAGGUCAGGGCCAGAUUUUCAGGCCCAGGAGGUAGAGCCCAGACUCCUACCAAUCCAACCACAACUGGCAACAUGGAGGAGGAGACCAGAUUUUGCCAGCUCUGGUUUGCACUCUUGCACCAAAGGAGACUGCAAGUUUCCUCCAGUGAAAUGUGACAGGACUGGAAAGGGAUGAUUUGUGAGACCUCCUUCCUCUGUUGUCACAUCACUCCAAGAUUAUAAAAACCAUAAAAGCAGCAAAA